UCGUUCAGUCCGGCGUCUGAGAGGUUUAAAGUUCUUUGCACACGGCAAAACAGCAUAUACACGCUUUUCUGUCUCCAAAAAAUUUCGAUUUAACACUGGAUAAUGGAAAAUGACGGACUCUGGCCAGCUUCAUCUCCAAAUGCGCCUGAACUUUAAUGGCAAUCUAAUCAAUUCUGAUUGAUCUGUCCUUACUUCCACAGGUGCGCAUCUAGGCCGAGGAAUAUUAUUAGUCAUUAUAACAAAACUACAGUCGGGUUUCCGUGGACACGAUGAAACCACUGCUGCUCGUGUGCGCGUUUCUGCUGCCUCUCCAAACACUGGCACAGCCGGUGCGCAACAGAUUAAGUUUUCCCAGAAACCCCGGGAAGCUCCCAGAAACAGGGGGCAGUAUCACCAUGGAAACUGUCCCCAUUCCUCCAAUAGCUUCGAGUACCGGCGCGAGAGAGCGAAGUGAAGUCUGGAGAGCCCUCGUGCAUAAAGGACCUCCAGUGAGUCCAUCCAAUCAACACAACAGCGCUCAGGGACAUUUCCGGGAACGCCGGCAUGUUCACAGAGUGUCACGGGGUCAGCUGAUGCGUGUGGGAUGCGUGCUCGGCACCUGCCAGGUGCAGAACCUCAGUCACCGCCUCUACCAGCUGACUGGACUAAGCGGAAGAAGAGACUCACCGAUCAACCCGAGAAGUCCACAUAGUUAUGGAUAA